CCGCGGACCAAUGGCGGUUACUGCCAUUUAGUCAGCUCUCGAUCCUCGCUCGUCUGAGUUGUUGCGGUGGAUUUCGAUUCUAUUUGUUAUUCUACAGAGACAUCCCAUCACUUCGUCCACUUCGGCACUUACGGAGCAGCUUUCAGUCCCGGUUGGCGCCGUUGUUUGGCCUGGUCCGUCGUGUUUGUGUCCGCCGCAUCUCCGCCACCGCUUCAACGCCCUGAUUCCGCCGCAAAGACAACUUGAAGACGAGACCUCCUCCGUCUCACACCCUCCACUUUCCCCUUCGGCGUCACGAUCAGAUUAAAUCCAAAUCUCCGCGAUGGGAGGCUCGCUAUCACGUCUUUGGUCCUUUGUCUGGGCAAAGAAAGAAAUUCGCAUUCUUAUUCUUGGUCUCGACAAUGCUGGGAAAACAACCCUACUCUAUAGACUGAAGAUUGGUGAAGUGGUUACGACGAUACCAACAAUCGGUUUCAAUGUGGAAUCGGUGACGUAUGGAAAUUUGAACUUCAAUGUUUGGGAUCUUGGCGGUCAAACAUCCAUCCGUCCGUAUUGGCGAUGCUACUAUGCCAACACCGCUGCGGUCAUAUUCGUCAUCGACUCAACAGACAUCGAACGACUCGGUACGGCUGCGGAUGAACUGGCGGCGAUGUUGAACGAGGAGGAGCUUCGCGAUGCGGCCCUGUUGGUGUUUGCCAAUAAGCAGGACCAGCCGGGUGCUAAGGGUGCCGGUGAGAUUUCUGAGGCGUUGAAACUGGGCGAGCUGCGGGACAGAAACUGGAGCAUUGUCGCAUGCUCUGCUAUUGAUGGUAAAGGUCUUAACGAGGGCAUGGACUGGCUGGUUCAAACACUUCAGUCGGAGAACGCAUGAGCUUGACGCUGCGAUACAAGUCAUGUCAUAGAUUUGUUUUUGAUACACAUUUCAAAUUCGGAUGGAAGACCGCACAUCAUCAUAAGUGGACCCACCGGCUUUGCUUGAGUGCUUCUUUCGUCACCCUUUGCCUUCUUAACAUUGUUCUCUUUCGAGGCAGGGCUGUCGUUUAUACAUUAUACCUUUUUGAUCCGGAAAUCUGUUAUACGUCGCAUAAUACUUUAAUUCAUUCUUUGACGAGGAUUAAGGCUUUGAUGUAGGUAUGAAUAGUACUAUCUAGGUGUUCGAGCUAGAGCAGUAAAGUGGUAGACUGGCCGAGGUCAAGCUGUCUGCUCUUUUUCAGGU